UCGCGCAAACCGUAAUACCCCACGUCUUUGACUGUUGAUACGCCCUCAAGCAAGCAAUACUCCCAAGUCGGCAGCUGACGCCUCCGAAGAGCGUGGGAUGAAGCCAUUCACAACGAGCCCACUUGUGGCCGGACAGCAGUCAGCCCCAGCGAUAGGCUCUUGACCGGUCUUUGAGCUUUGGACAGCGUGUUGCGCACUUGCAGACACUGCUAAGCGACCAUGUGCCACGUAGGACUACCCGAUGGUCCCUCGAUAUCACAGACUUGCGACAUGGGGUCCCUGAUGGGGUCCCUGAUGGACGCACUCGACUCUUCCAGCACCAGCCAGCUUAACAGGGCGUCAACACUGCCAUAUUGGAGCCUCGACCCUGCACGCAUCAACAUCAGGCUGGUCAGCAUGAUACCCGGGGAGGCAAUCGGCGCGCGGAUCAAGUGCAGAGACUCUGCGCAGCGCAACGAGAGGAAAACGGCGGCCCCCUAUACCGAACUUCCGAUGUCUAGACUCACGACCCUGGACAACUGGUGCAUUGCAGGUACCCUCGCUGUGCAGGGUCCUAUCCUGAGCCAGCGCCGCCUGGCAUUCUCGGCAAGUCAGCUGGCCCGCCGACAAGCUUUCGACUGGCACCUCGCCUGCCCCGAGCACCUUCCUCUUUGUAUGAGAAGGGCCGAUGUACAUCAGCAGGGUUUGCUGGAAUUCAAACCCUCCGCCUCCGGUCCUCUCGAAUCCUGGGUACGCGGUUUCACGUUCGAUAGAGAACACGGAGAGGACGUCCGUCUGAUGGCCGCAGCAUUGCCCACUGUGUGCCCUGGAACAAGUUCUGGACCUUGCCGUGCUGGAAUUGCCCAAAUAUCAUCGACCCACUGAGGGUGUCUGAAUCCCUGUUAUCUGUUGCCUUGCGGACGGGUCACGCCGCCUUUUGCCACCAAAAUCUGCGCACGGUCAUCAGGGAACGACAUUUGAAGGCUCUAAGGGUUGAGGCCGGAUAUCUCCUGUAUGAUGGCAUGGUGCCUGCCUG